CAGGCGGGUGCAGACAGCGGCAACUCCGACCCGGUCAGAAAAUCAGGAGGACCCACAUGGACCCACUGCUGUCAGCCCUGAGUGUCCCCUCCCGGACCAUGGACCCCUCCCCACUGACCUCCUACCGCUGGCACACUGGGGGCAGUGCCGGGGAGAAGGGGACUGCUGGCGGGGUCCGCUGGGGGCGCCUUUCAGGCUGGGGUCGGGCACUGAGCCUCCAGGAGUCCCUGGGCAGCAGGCAGCCAGCUCCCCGCUCUCUGUUCCGCCGAGUUCUCUCUGCACCCCCAAAGGAAGCCUGCACAAGCCGCCUGAGGAUGUCCAAGAUGCUCUGGGGGCGGUCCAAGAGCCCCUCACCGGAGCCAGAGCCAGAGCCCCAAGCCCCAGAGCUGGAGCCCCCUGGCCCCCAGAUUCCUGAGGCCCCCAGCCCCAACGUGCCUGUCUGGAACAUCAGUGACUUCACCCUGCUGGAUGGCCGGCUGGUGCUGCUAAGGGGCGAGGAGGAGGGAUCCCACCUGUCCUGGGUGGGUAGUGCCAGCUCUGAGAGCAGCAUCCAUAUGGCCCUGGGGACCCUCAGAGACAAAGAACGGACCCCCAGGAAAUUGGAGCCGGAGGCUGCUGGACCCAACCCGCCCCACAACGUCCGGGGGCUGCUCAGGCGUCUGAAAGAGAAGAAGAGGGCCAGGUUGGAGCUGGGCACCAACGCCCCCCGAGAUGGGGCCCUGGGCUCCCGGGAGUCCUUGGCCACAUUGUCCGAGCUGGACCUGGGCGCCGAGAGGGAUGUUCGCGUGUGGCCGGUGCAUCCCAGCCUCCUGGAGGAGAGGCACUGCUUCCAGGUCACGUGGGCCGGCGGCCAGCGCUGCUUCUCCUGUCGCUCAGCCGCCGAGAAGGACCGUUGGAUCCAGGACCUGCGCCGCCACUUCCAGCCCUGCCAGGACACGUCGGAGCGGGAGGAGACGUGGCUGAGCGUGUGGGUGCAUGAGGCCAAGGGGCUGCCCCGGGCGGCGGCCGCGGCGCCGGGCGUGCGGGCCGAGCUGUGGCUGGACGGGGCGCUGCUGGCGCGCACGGCGGCGCGUGCCGGCCCGGGGCCGCUCUUCUGGGCCGAGCGCUUCCACUUCGAGGCUCUGCCGCCUGCGCGGCGCCUGUCCCUGCGGCUGCGCAGGGCCGGCCCGGGGGGCGCGGCGCUGGGCCGCGUGGCGCUGACCCUGGCCGAGCUGGGCGCUCCCCGCGGACCGGCCGCCGGUCUGGAACGCUGGUUCCCGCUGCUCGGGGCCCCGGAAGGCGCGGCGCUACGGGCGCGGGUCCGGGCGCGCCGCCUGCGCGUGCUGCCGUCGGAGCGCUACAAGGAGCUGGCUGAGUUCCUCACCUUCCACUACGCGCGCCUGUGCGGGGCGCUGGAGCCCGCGCUGCCCGCGCAGGCCAAAGAGGAGCUGGCGGCCGCCCUGGUGCGCGUGCUGCAGGCCACCGGCCGGGCGCAGGCACUGGUGACAGACCUGGGUACCAUGGAACUGGCCCGCUGCGGAGGUCACGAAGCGCUGCUGUUCCGGGAGAACACGCUUGCCACCAAGGCCAUUGAUGAAUACAUGAAGCUGGUGGCACAGGAUUACCUCCAGGAGACCCUCGGGCAGGUGGUGCGUCGUCUCUGUGCCUCCAGAGAGGACUGUGAGGUAGACCCCAGCAAGUGCCCGGGUCCCGAACUGCCGCAGCACCAGGCCUGGCUGCACAGCAGCUGUGAGGAGGUCUUCCAGAACAUUGUCCACUCCCACAGCUGGUUCCCCGCCGAGCUGGGUGCUGUGUUCUCCAGCUGGACAGACGUCUGCAGGAAGCGGGGCACUGAGGUGCUGGGCCCACAGCUGGUGUGUGCCUCCCUCUUUCUGCGGCUCCUCUGCCCUGCCAUCCUGGCCCCCAGCCUGUUCGGCUUGGUACCGGAGCAUCCAGCCCCUGGCCCGGCGCGUGCCCUCACACUCAUUGCCAAGGUCAUCCAGAACCUCGCCAACCGUACUCUCUUCGGCGAGAAGGAGGCGUACAUGGGCUUCAUGAACAGCUUCCUGGAGGAACAUGGACCCGCCAUGCAGAGCUUCUUGGAGCAAGUGGCUGUGGUGGAUGCAGCAGCCCCCAGCGGCUACCAAGGCAGCACUGACCUGGCCCUCCGACUGGCAGUUCUGCAUGCUCAGCUCUGCACCAUCUUUGCUGAGCUGGAUCAGGCAACCCGUGAGAGCCUGGAACCACUGCCCACCAUCCUGAGAGCCAUCGAGGAGGGAAGGCCUGUCCCCGUGUCUGUGCCCAUGCGCCUGCCCCCACCCUCCAUCCAGGGGAACACCAGCUUCCCUGCAGGCGAGAAGCCAGGGUUCCUGCCCCCCCGGGACCUUCCUAAGCACACCCCUCUCAUCUCCAAGAGCCAGUCCCUCCGAAGCGUCCAGGGAGCAGGCUAUCAGACCUGGCGGCGACCAGACCACUACAACCCACUGUAUCCCACCUGCGUGCAGCGCACGCAAAGUGUCCCAGCCCGAUGCCGAUCCACAGGGUCUCUGCCGCACCCCAAAUGCUCGAUGCGCACGGGGUCAGCACCCCGUGGUCGGCCCUGGACCCGGGCCUCGGCCUCGCUGCCUCGCAAAUCGUCAGUUCCCUGGCAGCGGCAGCUGGACCAGCCGCGGGACAGAGACCAGGCGCUAGGCGUGCACCGACCCAUGGGCAAGCUGGCCGAGCUUCAGUGCGAGAUGGCCGCCCUGCGUGCGGAGCAGAAGGCGCUGUCCGGCCUCGUGGAGUCACUAGGAGCCCAGCUCCGAGCCUUCGCUGAGCAGCAGGUGCAACUUCGCGGCCAGCUGCAGGACCUGGACUCCAGGCUCUGCGACAGGACCUCCAGGUUGCAUGCCGAGUGCAACCUGCCUAGCUGUGAGGUCCCUAGGCUGAAAAGUUGGGAGCACCGCCUGGCCGCGGUGGAGAAUGCGCAAACCCAGCUGAGCGAGGCUCUGCAGCGCCUACAGCUUCCCCCAGGGACCGCGGGGUCCCCCGGAAGCCAACCCCAACCCCUCAAAGGACCCUGCAUCAACGGCGACACCCCCUGA